GGUGGCAUAAUAAUGGCCACUCUUGGAGUUCCUGAAGCUAACCCUGCAGUUAAGGUCAACGUUGAGGACGCCAUAACCGAUCUUCAGCUCAUGACCAUCGCCCAGCAGAUAGGGCCCGAAUCUUGGCGUCUCUUGGGACUGGAGCUCGGAUUGAGGGAGCUUGAAUUAGCCCAUAUUGAGAGGGACAACCGAUCCAACUUUGGUGAAUGCACGUACCAGAUGCUAAUCAAGUGGCGUCGGGACCAGAUUGAUGCUGACACGGCCCUUAAUAGUCUUAAGAAUGCACUGAUAAACGCCAAGCUGGGUGCCGUUGCACGCCAAUUAAUCAGAGGAUCGACAUAUGGCAUGGACAGCGUGGACGGUGGUGUUGUCCUCAACACGGCCUUGUUGAAGGGAGAUAACUUUGACGUCCGGAAACUCCGGAGGGAACUCGAGAUGAAGUACCACUCUCAACUUUGCACCAUGAGACUGUUGCCUUGGGAUGCGAGAUCAAGGGUAGCCGUUGAUCGUUAUUUUACCGACAUUGGUAUCACUCUUGAAGAUACCUCAGUCAGGCAACACACCAAGAUUCCUUUGGAACGUCAUCGCCAUAAUAUCUUCACCAUCAGCGCGGUGAAGAACUUGCCAACCAACCGGAUUCUUCUUCAGGGAAACGCUGGAUCAGGGAAAUCGACGGUUGUUGCGAAAAUGGCCCUCGAUUGGAUGUCACGUCAUCCAAAAUCACCCCUCAAAGACCUCCCGCUUUUGUUUGUGCUCCCUUUGCAUAAGCUGAAUGAAAUGUCCAAUUUCGGCGAUGCAGUUCGGGAACAUUUGCUUCCAGAGGACACGGCAUUUACAGCAGAAGCAAUAGACGCAUACGUGAAAGCAAAUCCAGGAGAAGCUGUACUUGUCCUUGAUGGAUUUGGUGGAAUGCAGAAGGGCGAGGCAAAAGGUGACAAGGUCGGGAAUCUGAUGAAGAUUAUUGAGAACAAACGUCUCACAGAAUGCAAGGUUCUGGUGACAUCACAGUUCUGGAAAGUAGCACAGAUGAAGGAGUCAGUCAUUCGAGAGUACACCCUUCUGGAAAUGGAAGGUUUUAAGGUAGAAGAUACAUUCUCCUACAUCUUAACUUACUUUGAGGAUGACGAAACGAUGGCACAGGGUUUGAUCCGCCACGUUGAAGCCUCACCGAACAUCAUGGAGACUCUAUGUCCAUAUCCUCUAUUUUGUUCUAUCUUAUGCCAUCUUUGGGAAGAAGGUUUUUCCAAGGACACAGGAAGAAAUCAUCUUGGAACUACCAGCCACACGACAAAUCACAUCAUUCGCAGUUUGUGGGCGCAUCUCGAGGCUAAGAACAGGGAUGAAGAUUUUAGCGAUGACUUAGAUCGGUCAAGACAUGAUUCAGAGGCAACGCAUGGAACAAGAUUGUCUCUUCUCUGUCGAAGGAUGAGGAGUAUUAGAAAACGGUCGAUCAAAACGGGACUUGACAAGUCUGGUCUCCCAAGGCAUUCGCUUAAAUCAACGAUGUCCCGGCUCGGCAAGGUUGCCCUGGAGAAGUUAGUAUCAAGGAACCCUGAAGGGGAGUUGGAACAGAAAGACGUUGCUUUUUGUCGCGAGUUUACAGAGAUCGGUUUAGCAGUAGGGAUUCUAUCUCAAACUCGAGGGGAAAGCACGGGAUUUGCACUACCUAGAGGGUUCCAGAGUGAAAACCUGAAAGGCGUGCGAUUUUCCCACAAGGGGGUGAUGGUGAAAUGUGCAGCUAUAUAUCUAGCGUCUCUCUGGAAGAGAAACCAUGCCAAAUUCGCUGAGAUACUGAAGCUCAUAAAGGACAAGUUUAUUGCUCAAGCAUUUGAAGGAUUGUUGCUGCUAUCUUGCGGCGAAGAUGCUAAUGUGGCAAGGGAAAUUCUACAGCACCUUUCUUCUGUUUCAGCUUCACAUGACCUACUGCUGAAAUGCUAUUUUGAAAGUACUGAAGAAGAAUCUGUGGAUGAGGAAAUGGCUCGAAUAUUCAAGGAAAAGUACUAUGUUGCAUUGAACAGCCCAGGGCGUGAUUCAUUCUCUGCUCUUAAAUAUUUCCUUAAGAGAAGAAGUACUGGUGAUUCUGUGAUCAGGAAGUUGUUGAUAUCAGCUCCUCCCUUGAGUAGUUUGCAGAGCUUCGUGGAGGCCCUUGACAUUGAGAAUUGCAGAAGCAUUUCUACCGUUAGUUUGUCCUGGUGUGACCUUGAAGAAACCAAAACGUCAGCACUGAUCUAUGCACUCGGAAAUCUUUCCUCACUCACUGAAUUAGACAUGCCCGGAUCAAAAAUAGGGCCAGCUUUCAUCCAGAACUUAAGUCGCCUGCCGGAGGGAUGUUUCAAGAGCCUUGAAAGCCUCAAACUACCAAUAUGCACCGCAAGAGCUGAUACAGUCUUCGGGGCAGUGUUCUGGUCUGACAAAUUUCCUGUACUCCAGAAGGCCUUUCUCACUAUACAAGAUGUGAGCUCCGACAGCGCCAACCACAUAGAUGAAAAUAAUACUCAGGGACAUACUCCGAAGGAUCUUCGGAAGAUAUCUUUGAAUUCGAGCACUCUGGGUCUUCACGGAUCUCUGCGAUUUGCCGAAACACUUGCACACUCUGCGAAGCUGAAGACUCUGUCCCUUGUCAACUGUAGCUUCCAUCCUGACUUCUUUAGCCGGGUCGGCGAGUUACUGGCUCUGAGAAAAGUUGUCUUGCACAUGGAGUAUUGGAAAGAGUUCCACUUGGAGACAUUCUUGAAGAAAUGCCCUAGACUUUGCCACAUGGAAAUCAAUUCCCCAUCGUCUUCUCGGUAUGAAGACGUUGAGGAGACGUUGAAGGUGAUCCCUCGAAUCAUGACCUGUCUGCCAAAAUUGAAUACCAUGCAUGUUUCUGUGGGUCUCGGCUGCAACUUCACAGCGAAUGAUGACACAUUGGUAGCGAUUUGCGAUGCCUUAAAGAUCUGCAAUAUUUUGAACAGACUGAUCAUCACCGGGAUUAAGAUGACAACGAACCGCGGAAUGGACAUCAUUCGAACAUGCAGAGGUGGCUCUGUCCGAAUCAUUGCUCUUAACGCAUGUUUCAAACCGGGAGAGGAUUUGACGGAGUUGAGACUUCUUCGUGACGAGGUGAACAGAGGAAAGGAUAUGGUUGUUGAAUGUUGAGAUGGAUUGCCAACACGAUGACUCAGUAACAUGUCAAUACAAGCUGGAUUUAUACAGCGCCUUUUGCCAGAUAAUACAAAGCGCAACUAUUAUAACCCUGGCUUUAGCUCGAGCAGCGGCACUCAGUGCAUUCUGGGAAUUGAUCAUUCCUGGGCCCCGUCUUACAAAGAGUUUUGAUUGAUCCAAUCAAUAACUCUAUGGAAAUAACUCUCCAUAACUCUAUGGAAAUCCAUCAGUGCCAUAACAAAA